AUGGCUGCUGCCAGCACAACCUCAUGGGCUCCUUGGAAGGUUCUCCUCAAAUGGGAGCCUUUCCACAUUGACGCUCUCGGUCUGGUAACGCUUUUGGGAGCCGAAGAAGUUGAUGCAGCCGUCGGCCGCCUCGUGAGCAGUGCCUAUCUCGAGUAUUUUCCGCUGCUGGGUGCGUAUGUCAUUGCUGGAAACCGAUUCAUCGAAAAAGCCGCUGGCUUCAACCUCUACAACAUAUCACAGGGCAUCCACACAACAGAUCUCGCCGCCUGGUUGACGAGAUGGAUGCUGUCCCAAGAAUUCGAGGCCACCCGCAACUUUGUGGAAUGGACGGUGACGGAGCCAAGGUCCCGGAAGGGGCAGAUCGCCUUCUCCCUCGCCAUAAGCUUCGUCUUCAAUGGCUUCCUUGUUGCCGGCACAAUUCUUUCCAAGGACUGGUAUGGCUUUGCUAAUGCCAUCGCUAUGAUUGUCUCCAUUGGUGUUCGUGCCUACGUCAUCGGCCAGCAACGCAUUGGGUUCGAUGCUAUGAUAGACAAGGUGGUCAAGGCGGGAUCUCUCCAAGGACACAAUUACAAGACACAAUGGAAACCGGAAAAGAAACAGGAGACGAAGUCUGGCCUAAGGUACAGAGGAGCGGCAUCGGUGCUUGAGGAAGCCCAGUCCAAUGGAAGCAAUUCUUCAAGUCCUCUAAACGGACAAAAGCAGCUGUCCCUGCAGACAGGGCGUCCAACUCGUUCAGACCCCAAAGCCUUUGAUGAACAACCCGAUGGCUGGACCGGAACGCCUACGAAGGUCCUCAUCAUCCAAUCUGACUCGAAGCCGGUCACCUUCUGGAUGCCAAAUGAGUUGUUGGUUGCUCCCUCGGUCUUUAUUGAAGGGCCUGUGAUCUUGAACCCUAAGAAAUAUUUCAUUAUGCGCUGCAUUGGAUGGCUGGUCUUUGCGGUGCACAUUGUCGCCAUCGGCAUGGCCGACUUGGCAAGUCAAAUGUACACGGUCGUCCUGAUGGUCUUGCCGACCAUCUUGCUGAUCUCAAAGGUCGGAUGUGACGACUCGGAGUGGCUGACAAACUUUCAAGGUUGGGUGAGGAGGAAGCUCCAUGGCGGUGAGAAGCAAGAGGACCACCAGCCUGAUCACCACCACGAUGACGCCGAGAAAAGUGUCAAGCCCACGGACUUCCGCAAAGUGCGGCACUGCUAUGUUGGGUCCCGGCUCCGGGCCGACAUCUACGAGUGGCCCGAGUCGUACGACUUCCACGAGGAAGGAGACGGGAAGGACAAGAAGUGGGUCAGCGGCCGCAAGGAGGGCCAGGAACGCUCCAAGAAACGUCAAGAUCUGUACGCCUGGCUCGCGCUCACCCCCGAAGAAGAGGCGAGCAUGGACAAGUGGGACCUGUUCCCGCACACCCGCCAGGGCAACACCUCGUGGUUGCAGACGUAUAAGAUCAAGAGGGACAUGCUGAAGGGCGACAAGCGCAACAGCAAGGGGCCGCAGCAACCCCUUGAUACUGAUAUACCUCCCACCACCCCGGUCGUCACCAGCGACAGCCCCCAAGAAGAUCGCGCCGCAAGACCGUUCCCAAAGCCUCGCAGGACGGCCACGAACGGCUUUCUGGCACAGGGCGCCAGUUCCGCGUUUCCCGCUAUCAGCGACCAGGAGGAACAGAUCCAGGCCGACGAGGACGCGCAGACUGACGUUGCCCAGAUGCAGACUGUGGGAGAUACAGCCGCCCAGCCCGCCGACAGUGACGUCGCGACAGCAGGACGUCCUCACGUCACCAUUCAGCUUCCAGGCACACCGCCACCGUCAGGUCGCAAUGCUGCUGCUGCUGCCGACGUUGUGGCUGGUUCGGGAGCUCUGACCCAGUCGCCAACCACCAAUGACUCCCCACGCGAGGAGAGACCUACCUAG